AUGGGCUCACACAACUCCGUCUCGGCGCCCGCUCCCCCCUACAACGACAUCAAGGGCGGCUCGGUCGAACCCAAGAGCGUGGACAUGCAGCUGGGCGAGGUGUUGGACACCACCCCGGUUGAUGCCAGGACGGAAAAGAGAGUGCUCCGUCGCAUCGACUACUGCAUCAUUCCCCUGAUGGGCAUCUGCUAUAUGUUGCAGUUCAUGGACAAGUUGGCUCUCAGCCAGUCCACGCUUCUUGGACUUCGCAAGGACAUUCACCUGCAUGGCUCCGAAUACUCGUGGUGCUCCGCGGUCUUUUACUUUGGAUACCUAGCCUGGAGUUGGCCGAGUUCUUACCUGAUUGUCUACUUUCCCACGGGCAAGUAUCUUUCGGUCAUGGUUCUCCUGUGGGGUAUCAUCCUCAUGUGCCACGCAGCCUGCCAAAACUUUGCUGGUUUGGUGACGGCGAGGUUCUUCCUGGGGGUUGGAGAGGCCGCCCUGGCGCCCGGAUUCGCCUUGAUCACCGGCAUGUUCUACACGCGCAAGGAGCAGCCCAUCCGUCAAGGCGCCUGGUUUGUCGGCAACUCGAUCGCCAACAUGUUCGGUGGGCUCGUCGCCUACGGGAUCGGACACAUCACCACCUCCUCGCUGGAGAAGUGGCGGCUGCUCUUUAUCAUCCUCGGAGCCGUUACGGCCGGCUAUGCCUUUGUUCUCUUUCUGUUUCUUCCCGACUCGCCAGCAAAGGCGGUCUUCCUCAAAGAGCCCGACCGACAAGUGGCGGUCAAUCGAACGUUGACCAACAAAACGGGGGUCCUCGACAGUGACAAGUUCGUCAUGGCCCAGGUGUGGGACGCCAUCCUCGAUCCGCAAACCUGGGGUCUCUUUCUCUACACCGCGGCUGUGAACAUUGCCAAUGGCGGUCUGACCAGCUUCAGUGCCAUUGUCAUUGCCGGGUUCGGCUUCUCCGACAUCAAAGCUCUGCUCAUCCAGAUGCCCCUGGGGGCGGCCCAGUUGGUCUUCUUGGUCCUGACGUCGGGCCUGGCCAGUUUACUGCCCUCAUCCCGCAUCAUCCUGAUGAUCUUCAACACCUUGAGCUCCAUGGUGGGUCUGAUCAUGGUGUACACGUGUGAGGGCAAGGCCACCCGCAUGGCCGGUCUGUGCCUGGGUUCGGCGUUUGCCACCAACAUCCCCAUCUCGCUGUCCUUGAUCAGCUCCAAUGUGGGAGGCUUCACCAAACGGUCCGUCAUUAGCGCCACGCUGUUUAUUGCCUAUUGCGUGGGCAACAUCAUUGGACCACAGUUCUUCUAUGCCAGCCAAGAGCCCAAGUACCAGACUGGACUCAUCGCCUCUGUGUCGGGCCUCGCGAUCGGCGUGGUCUUCCUGGUGGCCCUGUUGUUCUACUACAUUUGGGAGAACCGACGGCGGGACAGACUGUAUGGGAAGCCCCAGUCAUUGACUUCUGCGGAAGAGUUGGAGGAUGAGCUGUCGAACAAGACCGACCGGCAACUGCACAGCUUCAGAUACGUGCUGUAA